CAACAGUUGUCGUUGGCGUGUCGUCGGUUUCAGAGCGUUUCGAAAACCCAAUUUCCGCUCCAAGUCGCAGUUGGAACUGAAAUAUCAAAAACUAUCUAGCGCGCGUGAAAAAAUUCAUUAACUUAUUUGUGUAUUUAGUGUGAGAUAUAACUCGAAAGCUAACCCACAACAUUUGGCUGCACUAGUGUUCUGCACCUCUCUGCAAUCUCAACAAAUAUUUGAAAAAUAAAUCUCACGCGUCGAAAUGUCGCCGGCUGAUGAUAAUUCCUUUGCCACAACCCAUGGCAACAAAAAGGCCACCUACACGCUGAUAUGCAUCAAAAUUGUGGAACUGUGCCUGCUGAUAUGCUGCCUAGGCCUGAUCGACGAGCCGGCCACCAACUCCCAUCUGCGGGUGUUCGUUACACCCCGAGUAGCUGCCCUUUGCUAUGUGACCUUUGGUGCCCUGACCAUUUACACUGCGAUCUAUUUGAUAAUGGCGCUCUUUGGUGAUCUGACACCCUGGCGAACGGCUACUUUGUGGAACCUGGUUGCAUUCGUCCUGUUUGUGGCCGUGACUGCUCUGCUUUUCCGGGACUGGUCCACCACCAAGGAUCGCAACUACUGGCACCCGAAUAUGCAUCGUUUGGACCUCGUGAUGGCUUCUGCCUCCAUUGCCUUGGUCACUUCGCUGAUCUUCCUGCUGGACAUUCUCAUUACCAUCCGUUUCGGCGUCCACGGAGAUCUGGAAUGACCUGGUCGAUCCCGUGAAGUUUGGCGGGACAGAGGAACCCAUUCGAUUCUCGCCCAGCGUGGACUGUAAUAUUUACAGCUCCAAUUUAGAUUUAAGACCCCGUUCACAUCCCCGUCUCCCAGCUAAUUGUAAUCCCACGAGAAAACAUCUGAAUUGCCAUCAUCGAAUCGAAAAUGUACAAAAACGAAGUCCGAGGAGGUUUAAAGUUCUUUGCGCAUCGGCUGCCCUGUUUUGUUUUUUUUUAUAAGCUUAAUACAUCGAGCAUCACGAACGUUUUAUCUAAUCCAAUUAAUAAGUAAGAUCCAACACAAAUAAAUUUUGUACGAGCGAAUAUUUUCACAAAU